AUUUCAUGCUGUCGACAACGACGCCUCAAAUCAAACGGUGGUUGGUUGGUUGGCGACGACAAACAACAAGCAGCUGCUGAGCCAACAAGCAAGCGAGCAAGCCAAACUGAGCGAGUGCAUGACGUGAGUGGCUGGCGUGCUAUCCACAGCAGCGACGUGAGGUAGGGACACAACACCACCAUGGACGAGGAGAACACGCCGGUGACGGUAGCGGGGAUGCAGUUUGAUGAACUGUCGAAGAUCCGCGUCUUGGACCCAGAGAAACACGAGCAAACAGAGGAGCUUGGCGAAGAAUGCAGAACCUUUUUGGAGAAGAUCAACUCGUUCCACACGGUCAUGGGCGGGUUUGUUGAGCUUGUGGACCGGUUGGCAAAGGCUGUGGACGACGAGAAGAUGAAGGCAAUUGGCGCGCGGGCAGCGGUGGACUCCCUCAGCAAGAAGCGACAAUCUGAGGAACAGCUGCUCCAAGCCAUGAUUGCAGAGAAGCGCGCAGAGCUCGAGAGACUGCAAGUGGAGCAAGACAGCUUGGAGCGUGUGAUUCAGGACCAGGACCAAUUCAUCACCACCCACGUCAUGAACAAGUGAUGAUGAUGUGGUGGAUUGGCACAAAAACACAGAGUCCUACAGUGGUUCCGUGGGACUACGAACCCAGAGACAGUUGUGCGUGCGUGCGUGCGUGUGCGUGCGUGUGUGUGUGUGUGUGUGUGUGUGCGUGCGUGUGCGUGUGUGCGUGUGUUUGUGUAUUAGUUUGUUGAGAAAGACGUGGCUUUCGAGAGGAGAUACCCGAACAGACACACGCGCACGUGCGCGCAAGCUUGUCGUUCGCACUCCUGUGUUACAACUUUGCCACAUACUUUGGUUUUCUUCCGUGUGCUUAUGGUGUUGCUGUGAGGGCGGCUGUACCGUCAUGGAAGAGUUUGAAGGGGGAAGGAGGCGGCAAUCGAUUAUUGGUUGUCAUCAUCUUGUAUUGAACCACAACAGCGAA